AUGGACCCAGUGGCGACUGAGCAUUCGAAGCAGGCCUUGUCUAACCAAGGAGCCUUACUAGGCCAACAUGACUCAGCACUGAAUCUUGUAAUGGACAAUCUGCAGCAACUAGUCACCAGCGUGGCACAGCUCGGCAGAAGGAUGGACUCAAUUUCUGCCCAACUCACCAACUUGAAGACACCUGCAGAUCCACCACCUCCACCACCAGCUGUUGAGAUUGCUGCAAAACCACCAGCCAUGCUCCAGGAGCCCUACAUCCCCACACCUGCUAGGUACUCAGGUAAUCUAGGGACAUGUUCUCAAUUCCUUUAGCAGUGUUCCUUAGUAUUUAGCCAACAGCCACUCAGUUAUGCCACAGACCAAGCUAAAACUCCAUUUAUCAUGAUUUUGUUGACUGAUCAAGCCUCAGCCUGGGCAGUAGCUGUUUCCACCCACACCCCAGGUCUUUGCAUGGAUUACAAUCAGUUCACACAGGUAAUGAGGAAAAUUUUUUAACAUCCUGUUAAAGGGAGAGAAGCAACCACUCGAUUACUGCAGAUAAAACAAGGUUCACAACCAGUAGCUCAAUUUUCUAUAGAUUUCCGCAUACUAGCUGUUGAAAGUGGCUGAAAUGAUCCUGCUCUCCAGGGGAUUUUUCCUAAAAGUCUAUCAGAUGAAAUAAAAGAUGAGUUAGCUGCACGAGAUGAUACAGCAAACCCAGAAGAGCUGAUUAACUUAGCUAUAAGGCUAGAAAAUAGGCUGAGGGAGAGAUGCAGGGAAAGAGCCCGGGGGGAGGACCCAGCCUUUCAUCUCCUCCAAAAGCAGCCAGGGUUACAAUGCCACACCCUUGACUCCGCACCUCAGUACCACCAAGUUUGACUCCUCUCCACCAGCCUCAGCAGGUCCCAAAAAGCCCAUGCAGUUGGGUCGGGCCAAGCUGACCCCAGAGGAAAGACAACAGCGACUAGAUAACCACCUCUGCAUCUACUGUGCAGGGAAGGGGCACUAUCUCGCCCAAUGCCCAGCUGUGCCAAAAGGCCAAGCUCACCAGCAGGCAGGGGGGGGCGCUGGUGAGCCGAAGCUCCUCAACCUCUCCUCCCAUCAAUUGCAUCAAAGUUAA